AAACAUUUUCGUCUCAGCCAUAAUUACGUCCCAACAUCAUGACCUCCUUGUUCACCACAAACAUCUUUCCCAAGAGCAAGGAUGUGGCAUUCAUCACCGGAGCAAAUCGCGGCAUCGGCUUCGAGCUCGCCAGAACACUCGCUCGCGAUCACGACUUCCACAUCCUCCUCGGUUGCCGCUCUCCUGCUGCCGGGUCACUAGCUGCACUCAAGCUACGAGAUGAAGGCUACGCUGUCGAGAACAUCACCAUCGACAUCACUUCCGACGACUCUAUUCGCAACGCUGCAGAAGAAAUCAAGAAGAAACAUGAGCGCCUGGACCUUCUUGUCAACAACGCUGGCAUGAUGGUUCGCGGCGAUGCAGACGAAUGCUUCGAUACGAAGAGACAAGCGCUUCAAGACACAUUCAACACCAACGUUUCUGGUCACGCCUUGGUUACUGACGCCUUCAUCCCGCUUUUGUCCAAGUCUCCAAACCCACGUAUCGUCUUUCUUAGCUCCAUUCUCGGGUCCAUCAUCAACCGCCUGACUGUUAAAUGUCCUCUUGAUGAGAUUGAUUCCAUUGCAUUUCGGUGUAGCAAGGCCGCGCUCAACAUGUUGGCUGCGCAUUACGCAAGGAAGUUCAAAGAGAAGGGGUGGAAGAUCACUAUGGUAUGCCCUGGUUUCGUGUCGACGGAUAUGCACAACGGGAACGGGGCGAUUACGCCUAGACAGGCCAUGGGGAAUUUGGUAAGGGUUUGCACCUUAGGACCGAACGGCGAAACAGGAACAUUCACCAAUGACAUUGGGCUUAUUCAUUAUUGAGCGACUUGGGCCCAUGGGUUGCAUGUGGCGGGUAUCGUAGCGGAUGAGACGGCCCCAAUAACAUCCAACAACAUCUUUGUUCUUCACGUGUUCACAACACCGACAGUCAGACACCGUAACAUUUGCUUCUGCAUACGCGUCCUCAGAUGGUGUUGUCCGAUUGGUUGACAACCGUAGAUCCGUAAUAUCAGCUGAUA